AUGAUUGCCUUUGAUGCCAUCCUUCCCCCGAAGCCUCUGACUUUCAGGGAGCUUUGGAGGCGAGUCAUGAACUCCCAUCACAAGCAAGGUGAUGAGGAGGAGUACGACUUUGACGAUGCUGAGACUGCAUCGGGCCUCCUCAGAUUUUGCGGAACGUGUGGCCUGCCAGAAAUUGACGAAAGUGGUUGGAUGGAGGAGAAGGGGUGCUGCAACUACCAGUACCACCCACUUUCUCGUGUUGAGCGCAGAAGAAAACGGGUAGAGUUGGAGAAUGGAAGAGGUACUCAUAACGGAACUACUGAUUAA